AUGUAAGUUUUCAAGGGUUUUCAGCGAAAGCUGUGUUUUCGUUUGACAGAUUUUGUAUGGAUGAUAACAAAACUUUCGCGUGAAAGCCUCUUUUGUCUACGAAAACACUAAUUUUGUGACGGUGCGAACAUGGUAUUAGGAUUGGUUAUUUAGAUUUAUACAAUGGUUGGUGAUAUCAAGCGAAAUCAAUUAUAAUGGAUGAAUUUUGCUCUCUGAGCGCAAAAAUCUAGAAAACGAUAGACGCCGUUUUUCAAAGUUCCAAAUAAAUAGGGAAGCCAUUCCUCCGUAUGCAAAUAAUGACAUUAAAUCUGUUAUCAACGAAUAUAAAAUAGUGAAAUAAAAGCAACAUCGAGUAUGGAAAUCAUAUUAAACCAAGGUUUGCUGAUUUGGGAACUGAUGAAAAUAAUGUAAAGCCGGAAAAAGGGGACGAAAUGGAUCAAUGGGUUUCCGAUUCAUUUUACUCAUACUUUCCUGGAUAUACGAACGAGUAUCAGAAACGACAAGAAACUUUGCGAAAUCAGCAGCGCGAAAAUCAACAAAAUUUUAUAAAACAUCAAUUCGGUCAGUUUUUUUCGAUUUUCUUAAUGUGUCAAGAAACUUUUGAAGCAGCAUUUCUAACGAAGCAUCCUAAAGGUCCCAAAUAGACUACUAAAAGAACUGCAAACUAUUUAAAUACAAGUUGUACAUUUGUGAAGAGGUGGUCAGAUCAUUAUAUAAAAACUAGAAACGAAGAUGACAAGCCAGGAAGAGGGAGUGACAUCUAAAAGUGAGGACAAAGUGAUUGUUCUCUUGUUUAAGAAGAAACCACUGUUCAGUCUAAGGGCAAGUUGUCAUCAAGCUAUAAAGGGAUUAGAUAUAUGUGUCUCUAAAUACAAUACGACAGACUUCAGAGACCUGACAUUACAGCAGUACUGUGACGUAUUUGGCUAAGAAAAGGACAAACAUUUAUUCAAAGGAGUCUUAAGCACCCUCAAAAGGUGCAUGUUUAUGAAUGUUUCUUUGCUUAUGGAUUUGGGGUUUGGAGGUGCUUUACAGAAAACCUGAACGCCGUUAGAAUGAUAAAAUUGUAUAAAAAGGGUUAGCUGAAAUGUUUAAAUGCAAACAUACUGCAAGAAGACAAUGAUUCCAAACAUAAGAGCAGACUCUGUAUUCAAAUGGAAAUAAGAAAACCAUAUUGUUACUUUAGAUGGGUCAUCACAGUCACCAGACGCUAAUCCAAUAGAGAAUUGUUGGCUUAAAUGCCAAAUAUCAAGAAAACAAUUAACGUCAACAAAAGAUGUCAUUCGGCUACUCCAACAUACCUGGAGAUCGUUUCCUGUGGAAUAUGCGUAAAAUUAUUUGCAAGUUGUCAUCAGGCUAUAACAGACAACGCGGGAGAUUUGAGCAAGAAUUGAAUUAACGUCAGCUAAAAAAACAACGUAUUUUCUAUAAUUAUAAUAUUUUUCUCAAAACACGAUACCUACACUUUGAGCCGUUAUUUUUUUAACACACUGUAUAUAUUAGGGUGGGCCAAACAAAAGUUUAUAAAUUUUCAUUUUCACUGUAUAAUAAUUUGUUCAAAUGCGUUAAACAUUAAAAUAUAUAUAUGAAAAUGUUCCUGUGUUGUUUAUAUGGAAAAUCAAACUGCGCCAAGAAGGCCUCAAAAUUUACUAACAUUUUUUUUCGUAAUUUCGGACGAUAUUUUCACGGUAUCUAAAGAAAAAAUUUAAAAGUUUUGUUUUGGGCCAUUCUAAUGUAUGUACAUAUGUAUGUAUAUAUGUAUUUACAGUAUUGGAAAAAUAAUAGGGACAUUAAAAGCAAAUCAAACAGUACUUUAAUUAGACAUCAGUUAUACUGUAAUAGUCUUUGCAUUGCGACAAAAAGUUAUUAUGAUUUUAGGUGCAUGUGCUACGUAAGGGCUUGAAAAAAAGAUAGAGACAAAUUUAGUUAUUUACUAGUUUGCACAGAAAAAUUGUAAAGAUUCCAACGAAACUUUCUGAAAUUAAGAGCAUAUUUAUUGUUUUGUUGAAAUUAACUAUAUUACAUAACAAAUAAAUAUUUUUAUAAAGAACGAAAAGAAAACCAUUAUUAAAUUAAGAAAAUCGGCAAAAACUAUUUGUGAAAUAGCGGACAUAAUGGAAUGCUGAUUUUGGGAAGCUGGACUAAUUGGAAUAAGUGCAAGAAAAGUUCCGUUUUUAAGCAAACAAAAUGUAAAAAAGAGAAUUAAAUUUGCUCAGAGACACAUGCUUCGUGGAUAUUGGAAUAACCUGUGGUCGGAUGAAACAAAAGUUAAUUUAUUUAGAUCCGAUGACCUCGAAAUGCGGAAUUUGACCCCAGAGAUACACGCUCAAUAAUGUUAUUGGAAUUUUUUUGGCGGCUGGAGUUGGGGCGAUUUAUUGGAUACAAGACGAAAUGUGUUCAACAGAUUCUCUCAACAUCCUUAAUACUGUAAUGUUGCUAUAUGCGGAGGAGCACAUGCCACUAAAAUGGGAGUUUAUGCAUGACAACGACCCGAAAUAUUGUUCGAAAGUGGUAAAAUCGUGGUUUCAGCGUAAUAAAGUUAACGUUAUGGAAUGGCCCUCCCAGUCGCCAGAUCUCAAUCCUAUAGAACAUCUAUUGGAAGUGCUGAAGAAAACAGUUGGUGGACAAAAAUGGAAAAAUAAGCACGAAUUAUGGAGAAAAACCCAAGAAGCAUGGUAUUCAAUACCGGCCACGACUUGCACUAACCUUGUCAGCUAAAGGUGUAUCAACAAGAUAUAUGUGAAUGGAAGAAAAGUAAUAAUUAAAUAAAAUAACAAAACAAAAAAUGAAUUAAUGUUUGUCCCUAUUUUUUAUUUCCAGGCUGAAAUACAAAAUGUUUCCGUCUUCACUUUGUAAACUCAAAUAAACCUUUAAUAACUACUGAAAUCUUAAUUAAUUAUCUAAUUGAACGAUAAUAUUUGAAUUUUUUUAGUGCAUAUCGUUUAUACAUAUAAUUAAAAAUUUGAAACAUCUCCCUUUGUCCCUAUUAUUUUUUCCAACACAGUGUAUGUCUAUAAAAAUUACGUAUCACGUUUUCUCCGGGGUUAUCCCCUAAACUAGUGAACCGGUUUUAGUAAAAUUUACCACACUGUGACCAGUUUGAUUCAACUUAAAUGGUAGGAUAGUUAAUAUCUCAAUUAUAUUAAAAGUGAAACAAUUCAUAGAUAAAAAUAUAUAUUUCUCAUUCAUUAUUUUUUUCAAUUGACAAAUAUUUGUAUGAAUAAUUUUCGAAAAUUAAACUUAUUAAGUAUAAUCCCUUGGAUUUUUAUUCUUGCAAUAACGUUUUCGCCUUUAUUCGUAAAUAAGUUCACUGUAUUGAAUAGUUUAUUAUAAUAGUAUUUAUGUAUAUCAUAGCCACAGCACCGCGUGGUCCGAUCUUGCUAGUUUCAUAAAAAUAUAAUGUAUUUAUCUCAAGAUACAUCUAUAUAUACGUAUAUUGUACUUUCUUUUUUUAAAAAAAUUAAGGAGAUGUUACAAACAUCUCAGAAACAAACACGUGUUGUUACGCCAGUCUUCAUUACAAGUAAUCACCUGGACCCAUCUUUGAAUAAAACUCGUUCCGGACCUGCUGCCAAUUUGCCUUUGAAAACUCCAACACUAUCUAACUACAAGACUGAUUUAGAAAUUAUAGUAACGAAUCCUAACUAUCAACCUACGGCAUAUAUAAAUUCACGACCUAAUACAACUCGUCACAAAUUGCUUCGGGAUUUAAGUCAUACAGUGUUAUCUUCAAAUGAAGAGAUUUACAUCGACCGUAAUGAACAUGUAGAGCUUGAAACAAAACGGAAAAAGGAGUAUCAACAAGAAUUAAUGGAACAAAUUGAAGAAAAACGGCGUACCGUUCAACUUUUACGAGAAAAGGAACGUAUGGAGGAUGAAGCUUUAACAAGGAGUUUACAAGAGCAACUUAAUGCAAUUAAUUUGGAGACAAAAUUAGCGAAGGAAAACAUUCUCACUGAAAAGAUUAAAAAGAAUACGGAACAAAAUCGGCUAAUGAGAGCUCAACUCCUUGCUAAGUUAGAAAAUGAUGCUAAUAUGCUAAGCAAAAAAAAACAUGAGAAAGGAGAAAUCCCAGCAGCCAUUGGCAAUGCUAAUUUAAAAAAUAGAAAAGGCUAUGAGAGAGGGAAUGUAAUCAAAAAUAAAGUUUAUCAAUACUUUAGUAAUUCCGCACGACAAGACAGCCGUCAUUAUAACAAUAUGGCUGAAAAAGAAUGUUUUCACUUGAGCGAAAAAAUUUGCUCGAAGUGUGAUGGACCGUUAAGGAGCUAUGAAAGGUGUUGUCUAAACUGCCAAGAACGAGUUUAUACAAAUCAAAUAAAAUGCGGAGCAGUUCAACCAAAGGUUAAAGACAAUGUCAUUUAUUGUGAUAAACCGAGUUCAAGUACUGACAGUUUAACAGAUGAAACAGUCAAGGCGGAUUGUAGAUCUAGUGAAAAAUUUCAGAUUGAUGAAAGUGACAUGGAAAAAUAUACAAACAGUUUUGUAUUAGUUUGUCAUAAAUGUGAACGCAUAUACGUACUUUGUCGUAAUUGCGUUGCAAAAAAAGCUGUUUGCCGAGCAUGUCAUCGUAAACUUAACGUUUGCAUGAGUUGUAGAUGCAAUUUAUGUAAUAUCUGUCUGAAUGAAAUCGCAACGGGCCAGAAUACAGACCGAAUACAUACGAAUGAUACGCGGUCUAAUAGAGAGGUUGAAGAAACAGAUUUAAAGCAAGGAGUGCAUUCAUUUCACAUCCUUAAUUUAAAUAGUACUGCCCCAAAUAUUGCUGAAGAUAAUUACAGCAGUUCGUUGGUUGGUACCGUUGCUGAAGAAGACGAUUCAUCAUGCCAUCAUAUUAAAAAUAAUUUGGGGGAUGAGAAGCCACAAGUUCCUCAUUUUGAUAGUAUUGAAGUAAAGUAUGUUUAUUUAGAUGAAGACGAAAGUUCGUGCAUUGACAGUGUCCGCCACGGAACGGAUAAUCAUCUGUCUCGAUACUUGAAAAACUAUGGUGAUGUCGCCCGGUGGCGGAUAGACAAAGAGCGUGGGAAAAGCGAAUCUCGCGAUUAUGGCAUACAAACAAUCGAUUCAAACGUGAAGUGGCGUGAUGUUAUGCUGAACGAAGAACAUAAUUUGUCGAUGCCAUUGCUUCGAGAAAUGCCAAAAAUAACGAGAAAGCAAAUUCUAAAUUACCCCGAAAUGGGCACAACACAAAGAAAACGGAAAAUAGAUUGUCUUAAGCAGAAGUGGGAGGUGCCAGCCGUACAGAAGUGUAUAAUUACUCAGAAUUCUCAUACCCUAACGCAAGUGGGCGCUAUACGAAAGCAGCUACAAGCUCAAUGCCUGAGUGAUGCGCAAUUUAAAUCCGACGACAUCAUACCGUAGCAAAUUUAUUUGGAUUUAUUUAUUAAUUUGCAUCGUUGUGGUGAUUUCUAGAAAUAGAGCGUGGCACGAGCAUUAUUUUAAGCUCUAACAAAUCUUAUGCAUUUUUUCGGCUACAAUUUUUGGUGAGCUUCCAUUCAUCUAUAUGACUACGCCAAACUUGAGGGACAUCUGAUAAUAUCUAGUACUGGGCACUGGGUAAUUGCUGUUAGUUAUGUAAAAUAUUCAGUAGAG